CCCCCACACUCCCAACCUAAAGCCCAUCUCUCUCUCCCCUCCCUCUCUCUCAAUGGCUCUUCUCACUCUUCUUUCCCUUGCUUCACUCCUCUCCUUUCUUACCCUGGUUCAUGCUCGAAUCCCCGGCGUUUACACCAGUGGGCCGUGGGAGAGUGCUCAUGCCACAUUCUACGGUGGCAGCGAUGCCUCCGGUACUAUGGGGGGUGCUUGUGGGUAUGGGAAUCUCUACAGCCAGGGCUAUGGAGUCAACACGGCAGCACUGAGCACCGCACUGUUCAACAGCGGGCUCAGCUGUGGCGCUUGCUUUGAGAUCAAGUGCGCCAACGACCCCAAGUGGUGCCACUCCGGCAGCCCCUCCAUCUUCGUCACCGCCACCAACUUCUGCCCACCUAACUACGCUCUUCCCAGCGACAAUGGCGGCUGGUGCAACCCCCCUCGUCCCCACUUCGACCUUGCCAUGCCCAUGUUUCUCAAGAUCGCCGAGUACCGCGCCGGAAUUGUCCCCGUUGCUUUCCGUCGGAUAUCCUGCCGAAAGAGUGGAGGAAUCAGAUUCACCGUCAACGGUUUCCGCUACUUCAACCUGGUUCUGGUCACCAACGUCGCGGGUGCAGGGGAUAUCGUGCGGGUGAGCAUCAAAGGAUCCAAAACCGGGUGGAUGAGCAUGAGCCGCAACUGGGGACAGAACUGGCAGUCCAACGCCGUUCUGGUGGGCCAAUCACUCUCCUUCAGAGUCACCGGAAGUGACCGCCGCACCUCCACCUCCUGGAACGUCGCCCCCGCUAACUGGCAGUUCGGUCAAACUUUCUCCGGCAGGAACUUCCGGAUCUAAGUCUUGCUCCGACAUUUUAAAAGAAAUUCCCGCCUUCGGUUUUCCUUUAUUUUCCCGGGAAAAUUGAACGUAGCGGGUUGGUAAAAGCGUAAUUGGGGUUUGGGUUUUGGUAGGAUUAGCGCAAAAGACCAAGGAAAAUGAUAGGGUAGGAAAGUGACUAAGUGAAGUGAGUGUGUGCUAAGUUGUAACUGUUUUCUUUGUUCUUUUCUUUUUUCACUUUUAUAAUUUUAUUUCCUUUUUGACUUUGAUGGCCUGUUGUCAGUGGGGCUGUUUCGGGUGAAAGUGAAAACCGGCAAAAAAAAAAAAAAAAAAAAAAAGGCAAAGCGUUGGGGCUGAAGUGGCUGCAAAGCAAAAACAUGUAGCCCGCAGCUUCGAUAAUAUUUAUGUAUCUCUAAAUCACUAUGAAUUAUAAAUAUAUGUUUGUGUUAUUUGAAUCAA